UCAUGAAGAGUCGUCAGAAGGCUGAACCCUCUACAGGAUCAGUGAGGUCAAUGCAGUUCUCUCCAGACCCCGCUGCACUGAAGAGCAUCCUCCUGAAUGAGGGGGUGAAGGCUGGACGGCCUGUGGGUGCCACACCUCGAAACUCAGUCUGUCCAUCAGGCAGAGGGACUUCGAUUUACACAGCCCAGAGAGUUCCAGUCAGAAAAAAUUGUACAGAGGCAACCGGAGGAGCAGUGGCAGUAACACUCAAAGAGACUCCGUCAAAGAAAUGGACGCCACAGAGGGUUCGCGACAUCAAGCAUCAGCCCAUGUCCACCAUGAAAUGGCAUCUGUCGACACCAUACACCGGCACUCCCGGGCUGAGGCACUGCAACACCAACCUACAGCCACGCCAGGAGGAGGUCGUCCAGAGAUUAUUUGAUGAUCAAGAGGACGAGCGGAGCACAAAUGUGGCCGAGAAAGAUCCAGAGAUACAAGCAGAGCAGCUCCCGGUUCAAGCUUCAACUAUUAAAUCUCAGUGUGAAGAAAACUCAGAGACGAGCAGGACCAACAGCGAGGAGGAUGAGGAGAACAAACAGAUUAUGGGAGGACAGCCAUUCCUCCAAGCGCCUCAAAGACAGUCGGUCAUUUUUUUCUCAGCAGGCAAAAAUCUGUUAAGAGCUCCACGUUUUGAGAAGCAGGAGACCUCAGUCCAUCAGGAGCAACACGGUCCUGUCUCAUCAGAACAGGGAAAAGUGCUUCGGGUACAUGAAGGAAAGUCAUCUGUGUCAGAAACAAGCUGUCAGAUGAAGAGUGUACACAGAGACCUCACUGUUCAGAAGACUUGUGCUCUAAGUCCUGCCGUAGCGAUACUGCGCAAGCGCCUUCCUCCCCUGGAAGAGCUGCUAAUGGACGAGGAGGUGGCCACCUACACCUCGGUGACGGCCCCGGCUGCCAACGGGGUCCUCCCUCCUCGGCCUCGAUGUGAAAAUCCGGUGGCCUCCAUCCUGCACCUCGAAGAGUCAAUUACAUUUGUUCCAAUUGACUUCAAUCUCUCCUCCGGCCCUUCUUCUCCACUUAGAGGAGAUGAUAUGAUGCAUGAGAGAUAAUGAUUUGCACUACAAAACAGAUACAGUAUUUUCUCUACUUUUCUUUUCUUUUUUCUUUUUUCUUUUUAAAAAACAUGAAACUGUUAGUCCAACACUGUCGGUGCCAGCCUGAGUAUGAGACCAAAGAACACUGCUGGUAUCAUUUUUGUUAUAAACCCGUCAAUGUCUUUUGUCUUAAGUUUUGUUCUUUUGAAU